AUGUCUACCUCUGUAAAUUCAAUGAGAACUCGUCGUCGAAGUUACGGAAAUCUUCGACGAAAUCUUCGACAAUUAUUCCAACUUUAUCCUCGAUUAGCAAAGACAAUGAAACGAGGUCUCUAUUUAGUAUCGGUUAUGUUAAAUGGUGAACGAAUAUUAGUAACAAACGAAGAUGUUUUACCAAUGGUUGAAGUUGAUGAAAAUUAUGGCCAUAAUUUAUUAGGAGACUUUCAAUGGUUUAUGAAAUUAACAUUUGUUUGGGAUGAUUUAAAAACUUUAAGACCCGAUUUAGAACGAUGUUCAAGUGCAACAUCAUUUUAUCUUCGAAUGAAACUUGUUCAAGCUGCCAUUGAACUUCAAACAUUAGAAGAAAUAAAUAAUCUUGGUCGUCUUUAUCAUACAUAUAUUCGUGAUAAUGAUGGAAAUAUUGCAUUUGUAUUAAUUAAUGAUUUAUCAUCGAAUAAUUCAACUGAUACACGAGCAAUUAUUUGUCCACCAAAUUUGAAAUGGAUAUCAGUGGCGAAAUUUUUUGAAACAAUCAAAGAAACAGAAUCUUUAACAAAUAAUUCUUCUCUUCAGCAAAUAACUGAUAAACUUCCGGAUAUGAUUGAUUUUUAUCAUGCAUCAAUGCGUCGCCUUGAUUCAGGUUUAUACGUUGCUUAUUUAAAAAUGCAAAAUAGCGUCGAUUGUGUACGUGUCAUGGUCAAUCGAUAUAUGCCCGGUUCAUUGCCCGGUACAAAAAUUCGUUCCGUGGCUAAUGUAUCACGAGAAGAAUGGGAGUGGUUACAUACAUAUUCUAUUAACAAUAAUAAUAACAAUAUCAAUAAUGAUGAAGAAACAACAGAAAAUGUAUCUGAUGAAAAUGGUCUUUCUCUUUUUAAGAUACAAUUUCAAGAAGCUGCAAGAGAAUUGUGUCUGAUGUUGAAUCUUCCAGAAACUCAUUUUUCAAAUAGUCGUAUAUAUGAUGCUCAAGUAGUUGAGAUUCGUGAUGAUCUUUCACUAAUAAUUUUAAUGUCAACAGCUGACGAAGUCAAUGUACUUUCUACUCCAUAUUCAUCAAGUCAACGUCAUUCAAUAUCAAAUGAUUGUUUAACACCAUUUAUGUAUUUGCCUGUAUAUAUUUUUGAAGUUUUGCAACAUUUAAGUAAUAAUUAUCGUUUUGUAUCACAAUAUAGUCGUGUAUCAAUUUGUCUUGAUUUUGAAUUAAUCUGUGCACAACAAAGUCAACGUGAAGCAUUUUCGAUGAAGGAAUUAGAUGAAUCACGUUAUCGUCUUAAUCAUUUAUUAUCUUGUCAACAAGAUUUAGAUGAUAUAUGGCGUUCAUCGCGUUGGCUUGUUGACGUUAUUAAUUGCGCAAAAGAUAAAUCUUACGCUGGUAUAUCACUUAAAUCAUGGUUAACAUUUCAACCAUCAUCGAAAGUUCAACUAAAAAUUAUAACAACUGAUUCUUCGUCGUCUAAUUAUGCGUCAGAUUCAGAAUUACACACAGUUAAAUUUUCAAAUUCAACAUUAGCCUUACCAACAGCAAUGACAUCAGCAUCAUUAUCAUCAUCAUUUUUAAAUGAUACAUCAUUAACUAAAAAUUAUGAUAGUGGUUUUAUUGAUCAUGAAUCAUCAAAUAUUAUUGAUCGAUAUACAUCAAACCGUACAUCAACUGUAUCAACAUCAGAAUCAAAUGAUCCAAUUGAAUUAACAUUUUACAUUCCUAUAUUAACAUCUAAUACACUAAUGCCAUUUAAACUGCGUACAAAUAAAAUGACCACAUCAAAUGAAUUAUUAAAAAUAGCAGUGAAACAACAGAAUAUUUUUCUGAAAUCUAUAUCAACAUUAUCUUCAUCACCAUCAUUUGUAUUUGUUUGGAUACGCUCAAAUGGUCGUGACCAAAUAAUUGAAGAUAAUUUAACUGCCAUAGAAAUUGAAAAACGUUUACUACGUUAUGGUGGGCAAAUACAUGUACGUUCAAAAGGUUUGUCAUCGUCACGUUCUACUCAACCACUUAGUAGACUUUCAUCACCUCGUUCGUCACCAACAACACAAAUAAGAUCGAACACCGAUUCUUCCAAUAAUAAUUCAAAUGGACCUGGAUCGAAUUUAAGUUUGAAUAUUUAG